CCUAGUGGGCCACUACGAUUGGACUACGAACAAGGAGGGUGAGGUUGGCCUGGAGAAUACUUACCUGCCGCUUGGUCGAUUCAAAGGCUUUGGAUGAGAGGAUACCGUUUCCUAUUAAGCAAGGUUGCCGCUUAUCGUACGAUCGAAUUACCAGCUACCAGGCUUUCGAAAGCCACAAGCAGUGCAGGAUACACUCAGAAAAUGAGAAUGAGAACGAGAACGGCGAACCAUCAAUAUUGACUAGGAGACAUUACUUUCGUGGGGAAUCCUCAGCGACGAGCAGAGUUGGACUCGUCUUAUUUCUCCGGAUACCGAGGGGAACACGUUUGUGGAGAGUGAAUUGGAUUGGCGAGCUUCAACUCCUCUAGAUCCGCCAUAUCUCACCACGAUAUAAGGAGCUCAGACCAAUAACAGGCACAAAACGGCCUAGACUACGAAAGUUAUCAGAUCCGCCUCUGAGAUCUCAACUGAUAACACAGACCAGGUUCGAAGAUAUUUUUUCUAACCUGUCAUCGGAACUUUAGUGGGACAACUCGUCCACUCUCACUUUUCACAGAAAAGUUUUGAAUUAAACAAAGAACAAGGCUUUUGCCUGACAUUUUUGAAUUUGCUGGCAACAUGGAUGUCACGUCACUGUUAAACUCGACUUCGUUGGGGAAAGAAGGAGUGAUGGGUACAGAGGUACGGAGUAUGGUGGAUCAUGUAAUCGGCUCCACAUCGACAUGCUCAAGGACGGAAGGAACGACGACAUGUUCUUCAAUAUCAGAGAUUUCGUCCAAUGAGAAGACUCCGUCUAGAAGAACGAGCGAUACAAAGAUACCAAGUCGGAGUAGGACGCCAUGGGACGCUAACGGAUACGCUCUUCCACUCACACUCGACACCAAGUCAACCCAGGUUCCAGGUCGACAAGUUUCAAACAGCACUUCACCCGCAGAAUCUACCAGUCCCAAAUCGCCAAGGCACAAAUUCUCCGAUAGUCACAGCAGCUUAUCUUCCUACGCUUCUUCCUCUACCUCAUUGUCACACUCGAGGAUCUCCUCGAUGUCAACCGUUGGAGGCGUCCAAUCUAUCAACACCAUCCCGGACACGCCUUCUCUGGAGACCCAGUUCGAGUGCGCCGAACUCGCAGUCCCGAAGAUCUGGUCAUCGGAGUCACGUCGAAGAACAACAAAAGAAGGAUUGAUAUCCCCGCCCGUGACCACAAUCAACGGGGAACCCUUAGUCACGGAUCUCCUAAGGACCAGUUCCCCAUCUGAUGCCAUGCUAAUGUCCAGGGGUACUCAAAGUUUAGAUCAGAUUAAGAGACCAGACCCCAUCAUCACCAAGGAUAUCAGACCUGAUCUCAGUCAUCUCGUUCCCCUUGACUUCACCAAAGCACACAAGAGAGCCAUUUCAGCACCUGAUUUCGCUGCUACAGACACCAUCAACCGGGGUUUCCCCUCUUUUGCCAACACAAUCCAGCCCACCUCAUCUCCUUCUCAUCGUGUUGAGCAUCGGUUGGGCUACGCCAUGACCGCAAUGUCGCCAUCUCCAGCUCUGGCCGAACAACCUUCCCAGGACGGCAUCGUUGUUUGCAUGUAUAAGCCAAACUGCGACACGGGCUCUCAACUACGCAAAGCCAUCUCGCACAUUUUCGGCCGUAACAAGACAUGUACUCGGAACAUACCUUCGCAUGUCUGGGUUCACUUCUGUCGGAAGCACUAUCAGCGUAGUCGCUACCGCAAUGCGCAGGAGUGGGCUAGGGUUCAGUGUGACCUAGUUCAGAAGCAGAUUCGUCGUGUCCAGGACUGGAGCGACGAGAACAAGCGGACUGGACAACCCGGGAUCGUUCAGGAGUGGUCGUUAUCAAUGAGAAAGCGCGAACAAAAUCGCGUGCAGGAGAAAUCUAAUAGGAAGCGAUCCUACCGCGACGACAGUGAGGACGAUGAUGACGUCGGUACACUCGACAGCGCGACCCUGAACGGUACUGCUGUCCCCGACUGGUUGCGAACCAAGUGUGGCGAUGGGUACAGCACGGCCGAGAUCGAGGAGAUUGUUGCUCGCUUGAAGCGAGAGAUGGAGGAAACUAACAUGACCCAGAUUCCCGACAUAGAAAUCCUCCCAAAUAUCUCUAUGGACGCAUCGAAUGAUGCGCGGCCAAAGACUAUGUUGAAGCGAAAGACUAGCGGCGGGAGUCAUACUCACAAGCGAUCACAGUCGGUUGGUGUUUCCCUUCGACCUGAAGCUCAACCUAUGACUCGUCGCGUGAGCCAGCCGGCAUAUUGGAGAAACGAAGAUGCUAUGCAUACUUCUCCUGUUGAGAAACGCCAGCGAGUGUCCGACGCUCCUCCAUACGGCGAUCGCCAUGCGCGUAUGAAUCUUCGACACCCUGACCGACCUGCCCUAGCGCCGUUACGAGACACGUACUCUAUUCCCCACCGUCCUGCCUUCAAUAAUAUCCAAGAAAGUCACGCCGAGGAGUCGUACUAUAGUCGAGAAGAUGCCGAUAUUGCCAAUUCUAGUUAUGACCAUUGGUCCGCGACGGCUUCUCAGCGAAAUGGAGGCCAACCAACGGUUCCAACACUAGACUCCAGCACCUCCCGUGAAUAUCUCAAUGGUCGACGUGCCUCCCAUCAACGCUCUUUUUCGGAGGUCGACAACCAACAUAAUUUCACCUUUCGUUCGCCUCUAGACUAUCCGUCCAUGCCAUCGAGCCAGUUCUCGGAGGCAACAGCCUACGAUAGAGUCCCCAUGUCUUUAAGACAUUCUCAUACCUCCCACGCCUCGCAUCCACCGUCUAGCUAUUACGAUAGCUCUUCAGGACCAAACCACCGAAACGCCGGUCAUUAUCAGCCACCCUGGCAGUCUCCACAAUCAGGACACGCUUCCUCGUAUUCUGGUUACAGGCAUAUGCGCCAUCAAAGUACACCAACGGCUCCUCAUUCCAGUAUUGCCCAAAUUCCUUCCAUUGAAUACGAACAUGCCAAUGGUGCCCGUCAAGCGCCAGCGUAUGAGCAGACAUCUCCCUAUCAUCGACGCCAACAGUCCUAUGCUCCAUCUCGCCAAUUCCCCCAUCGGCCUGUAGUACAGGAGUCUGACCAGGCUAAAGCUGUUUUCGGCGAGCGUCGUUAGCUCCACGACUAAGGGUGUAUAUCCUCUUCCAACAUCAGGUGGAUGGCCUUGACCUUGAGGCAACAUGUUCUGCUUUAUUUUUCUAGCUUUUUUCCUUCCGCCUAUUCGGAUAUAAUCCUUGUACUCGCCACCAGAACUUGUAUUAAAAAUGUCACAUAGAAUGAACGGCCUAAAAGUCUUAGACAGGAUACCCCUCUUUCGAUGAUAUCGCGAAUCACGACUGGGGUCACGGGA